CACUGAACACUUUUUUUUUAUUUGUUGGCCAGGAAAGAGGUUGUAAGUGUUGCGGUUAAGAAGAAGGAGAAGGAGAAGAAUUACAAGAGAGCGACGAAUCAUUCAACGAGGAGAAACCGAGAAGAAAAGGAGGGCGUCAGAGUGGAGUUUCUUUCUUUCUUUUUUUCCUGCAGCUGCUACUGCUGCUCCGGCUAUACAUCCCCCCUCGUUCUUCUUGCGAUCUGGAAUACAGUUUUCUUUUGUAUCAUCGGUGUCUGUCGACUUUUGGAUCGUUGCACUUUAACGCCUUCGUUGUGCUGAUUGUAGUGAAGCCCUUAGGAGGUCAGAUAGGCAAGUAGGGGAGGGGGAUGGCAGACCGCAUGAUGGCAACGAACCACGGGCGCUUCCCCGAUUCGGUCAACGGGCUCCAGCACCACCACCCAGCCCACAGGAUGGCGAUGGGGCAGUUCACGAAUCCUCACCUUUCGCAGCAGCAGCAACAGCAGCAGCAGCAGCACGCCUACAACGGGUUAAUGGGAGAGCAUUUGCACUACGGAGGGGCCAAUAUGAACUCGAACGGCGGCAUUCGGCACGGACUGGGACCCGGCGGGGUGAAUAUGAACGGGGGACACCCCGGCAACGUGCCCCCCAACGCAAGGUACAGUUCGCAGUACGUGGGGCCCGCCGUAAACAGCCAGGGCCAGCUGGCGGCCAGCAUGCAGCUGCAGAAGCUCAACACCCAGUACUACACCCACAUGCAGCACCCCGCGCACCAUCACUACAUGCCGGAUUUGCACCCCGCGAGCCAUCAGAUGAACGGGACGCCGCAAGCUUACAGAGACUGCAACCCAAAGCACAGCGGCGCCUCCAGCCUGCCUUCCCCGGCGCACCAUGUGCCUGCAGCAAUGCUGCCCCCCAACGUCAUAGACACGGAUUUUAUAGACGAAGAAGUCUUGAUGUCGUUGGUGAUCGAGAUGGGACUGGACCGGAUUAAGGAGCUCCCCGAACUGUGGCUCGGACAGAACGAGUUUGAUUUCAUGACAGACUUCGUUUGCAAACAGCAGCCCAGCAGAGUGAGCUGCUAAUCGGCCGAGAAUGGACUCCGUGGUGUGUUCUUUUAUACGAGAGGCUCCUGACAACAAAAGAGACGCACAUUCCUUUACAGUUUCAGUAUCUCCUUUCACAACAUGAAAUCCUGUGUAUCGAAUGACACCGCCUUGGAUUUAAAAACGAAAAAAAAAAAACAACAAAAAA